CGGCGAGCGAGGCCCCUCAGGGGCAGCUGGAGGCAUCGGGCUGCCAGGCCAUGGGGGGGAGCAGGGCCCCCCUGGUCCCGCUGGGGAGAAAGGCGCCCAGGGCGAGAGGGGCUCGAUGGGCCCUGCCGGGCGUGAUGGGAUCCAGGGGCCCAGGGGCCUGCCAGGCCCAGCCGGACCCCUGGGCCCCGCAGGCGAGGACGGCGACAAGGGGGAGCUGGGGGGCCCCGGACAGAAAGGGAGCAAGGGGGACAAGGGGGAGGCGGGCCCACCGGGACCGACCGGUAUCCAGGGACCCAUCGGGCACCCCGGCUCCGCGGGAGUGGACGGAGAGCCCGGCCGCCGCGGGCAGCAGGGGAUGUUUGGCCAGAAGGGAGACGAGGGGACGCAGGGAUUCCCUGGCUUGAGCGGCCCUGUUGGAUUGCAGGGCAUGCCGGGCCCGCAGGGCGAGAAGGGUGAGAGCGGAGAUGUCGGCCCCAUGGGCCCCCCCGGGGCUGCGGGGCCGCAUGGGGCGCAGGGACCUGCCGGCGGCGAAGGCCCCCAGGGGAUGCCAGGUGGAACGGGUCAGCCAGGCGCCGUCGGGGACAAGGGGGAGCCGGGCGAGGCGGGAGACCCCGGGGCACCCGGGGAGCCGGGCCGGCCGGGCGCGAAUGGGGAGCUGGGGGAGAAAGGGGAUUCCGGGCCGUCGGGCGCCGCUGGGGCCCCGGGCAAGAGGGGGCCCCCAGGAGAGGACGGAGCCAAAGGCAACCUGGGCCCCAUCGGCUUCCCUGGCGACCCAGGCCCCCCUGGAGACCCCGGGGCGCCGGGCCUGGACGGAGCCCCUGGGGAGAAGGGUGACGGCGGGGACCCCGGCAUGCCGGGCCCAGCAGGCGCUUCUGGGGAACCGGGUCCCCCCGGUCCCCCAGGGAAGAGGGGUGCGGUGGGGCCAGCCGGGCGCGAGGGUCGGCCGGGCGAGAAGGGCGCCAAGGGAGAGCCUGGCACAGAGGGCCCCCCCGGGAAGAUGGGCCCUGUGGGGGUGCAGGGCCCCCCUGGCCGGCCUGGCUCAGAAGGUCUGCGCGGGAUCCCCGGUGCAGCCGGGGAGCAGGGCCUGCUGGGGGCCCCAGGGCAGGCAGGGCCGCCGGGCCCCACGGGCCCCCCAGGUUUGCCCGGCCUCAAGGGAGACCCCGGCUACAAGGGUGACAAGGGUCAUGCCGGGCUCAUCGGGCUCAUCGGCCCCCCAGGGGAGAUGGGGGAGAAGGGCGACCAGGGGCUGCCUGGCAACCAGGGGGCCCCAGGGCCCAAAGGAGAGGCUGGGCCGCUGGGCCAGAAGGGCUCCAAGGGGUCGCCGGGAGCCCUGGGCCCCCGAGGAGACACAGGACCCCCAGGGCCCCCAGGGCCACCGGGCCGCCCGGCGGAGCCGCGGGAGCCGCUGCCCGUGGAGGGGGGCCGGAAGAGGCGCCGCGAGGCGGAGGCGGAGCAGAGGGACCUGGCGGGGCCCCCCGGCGCCGUGCCCGAGGGGCUGGAGGAGGUGUUCGCCUCGCUCAGCUCCCUGCGCACCGAGGUCGAGCAGCUGAGACGCCCCCUGGGCACCCCCGAGAGCCCAGCCCGCGUCUGCAAGGAGCUGCAGCUGUGUCACCCCCACUUCCCUGACGGCGAGUACUGGAUCGACCCCAACCAGGGCUGCGCUGGAGACGCCUUCCAGGUUUUCUGCAACUUCACCGCGGGUGGCGAGACCUGCCUGUUCCCAGAUAAGAGAUUCCAGAGUGUCCGACCGGCUGCCUGGAGCAAGGAGACGCCGGGGAGCUGGUACAGCACCUUCAGGAGGGGCAGGAAGUUCUCCUACGUGGACGCGGACGGGAACCCGCUGGGCGUGACUCAACUCACCUUCCUGCGGCUGCUCAGCGCCGGCGCCCGCCAGAGCUUCACGCUCAGCUGCCAGGACUCGGCCGCCUGGUUCCACGCCGGGGCCGCCAGCUACGCCCUGGCCCUGCGCUUCCGGGGGGCCGACGGGCAGGAGCUGGGGCCCAACCACCCCGCGGCCCCCGUCCACGCCCUGCACGACGGCUGCCAGCUGCGCCAGGGCCAGGCGCGCACGGUGCUGGAGGUGAGAUCGUCCCGCCCGGAGCAGCUGCCCCUGACCGACGUGGCCGUGCCGGACUUCGGAGCCGCCAACCAGAAAUUCGGCUUCGAGUUGGGCCCCGUCUGCUUCACGGGCUGAGGGCGCCGGCUGGAGCCCCCCCAGGGACGCUCCCGGGGCCAGGCUGCCCCCCAUGGGGCAGAGAUCUCUGGGGAGCUGCUCUGGACUGCCGGGGGGGCGGCUCCCAGGGCCACGCUGACCCCCCCACAGGUGCCCCCUCCUCGCUGUCUCCCGGGCGCACUCAGGACUCAGACUCACGCCCUGGCCCCUGCCGCUGGCCCCCCCAGCCCGAGCCCAGGGAGCCCCGCGGGACGCCCAGCCCUAUUAAUGCUGCAGGCCCCCCCUGGGGCCAGUGCUGUGGGGCGGGCGGGCGGGCACCUCUUUGUGGCCUGAGCAGGGAGCAGGGCACGGACUGAGCCCCCCGUGGUGCUAUGAUGCCCCCCUCGGAGCCUCUGUUAGCAACGCACUGGACAUGUCUCUAGGCCGAGCAGCCCCCCCAGAAUGCCCAGCUGGGCGGGAGGGGCCCUGGGGCAAAGCAGCCCCCCCGAGACUCCAGGACGCCCAGGCAAGGGGCCCGAUUGGGGGAUCCAGGCCCUGCCCCAUUGAACAGAGCAGGGCAGGUGCCCCCCAGCAGGGAGAGGCCUGGGCAGCCCACCCUGCUGCUAAAGAGCCUACGUCCGCCCGGGGCUGGGAGGGGCUGAGAGCUGACGCCCCCACGGAGACGCCUGGGGCUCAGGGUGGGGCUCCGGACACCCCCCUUGGCCUCCCCAGUGGGGUAUCGAUCCCGGCCCCUCGGCACGAGGGUGAAGCUGGAGCCUCUGGAGCCAGGGUACCAAGGACCCACCCCCAGUGGUAAUGGGGGCAAGGAUCCGGCACCCCCCACACAAGGCCCCUCGGGGUGGAGCCCGAGGGCAGCACUGGGGGGUGGGGGUGAGAGACCCAGACCUUGCCCCCCCUCACCGGGCCCCCCAUGUCUGUUCUUACCCAUGUCACUGCAUCCAGCCGUGUGGUGCCAGCACGGAUACUGUACGAUAAACGAACCUGUAUG